GUUUAAGCACUCUUUCAAAACGCCCAAUGAACAAUCUUGAUCAGGGUCUCUUCAGCAGCCAUUUUAGCUAGAUUGACCAGUCGGCAGAUUCACGGGAUGAUAUAAAUUCUAAGUAAAAAAAUCAUCCCUCGGGGUUCCUUCUUUUUUCUCUUUCCUCUCAGUACCUUCAAUUGUAAUCUUACCAAUAAGUCAAAGCAAUAGCAAGUGCAAGUCAAGAUGGCCCAAACAAAACCAAAACCCCUUUCAGCCUUUACCAAAUUAUCACCUUGCGUCUAUCUUUACGAGCCUAGCACCACAGCCAGCACCACACCACUGCUAGGUCAUCCGACCACUAUUCUGCUUUGCAGCUGGAACAAUGCCGCCCCAAAACACAUCUCCUACUACACCACCUACUACACCAAUCUCUUCCCUUCUUCCCGCAUCGUUCUCUGCACCAUGAAAACCUCACAGUUUCUCCUUCAAUCCGAAGCUCGCCGACGCAAAGAUGUUGCUCCCGCCAUCGAUGCACUAUUUUCCGGUUCCUCCGACGGAAGUGAGAAAUUACUAGCCCACUGUAUCAGUAACGGUGGCGGGAAACGACUCUAUGGAGUUGCGGGGUUGUAUUACUCGUUGAAAGGCAAACCGCUUCCUAUAUCCACCAUAAUCUAUGAUUCCUGUCCUUCCCUCCCAUGGUUUAAGCGAGAUCUACAUGCGCUCCUCCACGUGCCUGGAGCAAAACUUCCAUGGUUGUUAUAUAUACCCCUAGCGAUCCUAGCUGUCCUAACAGCGUCGAUACUAUACUUUAUUGUGCAUUGUUGUCCACAUUGGGUUUGGAAAGAUUUAGUUAGAGGGCCUUUGGAGGGGUUAAAUGAUGAGAGAUUGGUAAGUAAGGAAGCAACGAGGGGGUAUAUUUAUAGUGAAGAGGAUGAUGUGAUUGAGUACACCGAUGUAGAGGAGCAUGGGAAAAUUGGUAAACAGAAGGGUUAUAGAGUAGAGAGGGUUAAGAUGGUUGGUGGGAAGCAUGCGCAGAUGUUUAGAGGGCAAGGGGGUGAGGAGGUUUAUUGGGGUUUUGUCAAGAAGUUGUGGGCGGGCGGGUUAGGAGGAGUUUAAGUGGUGAAAUGAAGCAAUGUUGGCAUGAUGGCUAUCUUAGCUCACAUGCGGAAGCUAUACAUGCUUUGGGAAAGUUUGAGAUUUCAUCGUGUAUCCCCAGGAACUGGUUGGAUUAAUGUGGAUUCAUCAUUACGCUAGGCUACUCAAUAGUGGUUGAACAGUGGUCUUGCAGUAGAUGGAGAAAAUCCCAUCUAGACUGGAAUUGGAGUAUUAAAGAAUUUUAUGGAGGUUUCAUAAUUAGAGGUAGAUAUUUGAUUAUGGUUUUUGGAUUUAUGU